GCUUGGCGGGAGGGAAGCGCUGGUGUGUGUGCGGUUCCGCGGCCGGGCGGCUGCAGCGGCUGCCCGGGGCGCAGGUAGGGGUGCGGGAUUCUCUUCUGUUCUAUUUUGUUCUAUUCUGUUCAGAUACGCGGCUUCCUUCGUGUCCGUUGAGGCCACCUGGACGCUUAUGGGAUCGGACAGGCAGUAACGGCUCUGGGUAGCUUCAUCAUGGAUGAAACUGUUGCUGAGUAUAUCCGAAGGACUGUACUAAAAAUCCCACGGGAUGAAAUCAAGACAAUGCUACAGAAAUGGGGUUUUCUCUCCGAGGCCCAGCUGCAGACCAUAAACUUCCACCAGAUGAAGGACAACAUUUCUCAAGACGUUGUUCAGCUCUGCGAGGAGAAUUCUGCAAGCAUAAAGCAAGCAGCUGUCCUAGACAUAAUUUACAACCACAGCUACCCAAACAAAAGAAUAUGGAGUGUUUACCAGAUGAACAAAACAGAGGAAGAAACAGAUUUUUUUGACUUAACAGAUUUCAGAAAAAAAUUUAAAAGACAACUUCGGUCAACCUUGAAAAAUGUCACCAUCAACUUCAGAGAAUAUGAGAAUAAUGCAAUCUGGAUCCGAAUUGCCUGGGGAACACCGUACACAAAACCGAACCAGUACAAAACCAGCUAUGUUGUCUACCACUCACAGACCCCCUACGCCUUCAUUUCACUCUCAGUGCUUAAGAGCAAUUUGCCUCUGCUAUGCCAGGCCCUGGUUGUUGCUUCCAAUUACCAAGACAUCCAUGAAAUGGAGCUUCGAAGUCAUUCUUUAAACUCCCUUGAAGAUAUGGUGUUUAAAAGAUACAGCCAGAACUUCGAAACUUAUUGCCCAAGACCUCUACAAGAAAGCACUGUAGCACAAGAAACUGCAGGUUUAAGGAUAGUCCAAGAAGACAUAAACGAGAAAGAAAGAAUACUGAGAGUGAAUCGGGAAGCUUUCGGUGAUGGUCCCCAACCAAAACUCGAAUUUGCAGAAUAUAAGCUUGAGACGAUGUUUACAAGUGAUCCUAAACUGGAGGUUUUGGAUAAAAAAGAACCGUUCAGAUGCAUGGUCAGGUUUCAUAGCCCACAUCUUUUAGAAUCGCUGAAAUCCUUGGCACCCGCGGGUAUGGCUGACGCACCACUUUCACCACUACUUACAUGUAUACCACAUAAAGCUAGGAAUUACUUUAAAAUUAGAGAGAAAAAAGGUUUACUUCCAGGAAGCUUUGUAAGCCCUUAACUUAAAAUUGAUUCAUAGAGAAAUAUACAUGUCAUUUAUUACUGGUAUUAAUCUAAAUCAUCAUAACCCUUAAACCAGAUAUUUAAAAAAUAACGUAUUUGUUAAAAUUUUGAAGUUUCUUCCAAAUUAUUACUUUGAAUUAUUUUUCCACACUCAUUUUGAACAGAAGAGUUAGCCCUUUUCUUCAAUAAUUUUAAAACAAAAGUUAGUAGCAAAGCUUAAACAGAGAAUGUGUGGUUAUUUUAAUUAUUUCUAGUAGUAUUCGUGAAGGUUAAGCUAUCUUAAAGCUAAAGAUACAAGAAGAGAGCUGUAGCGAUCCAGUUUACUAUCAUGACGUAGAUGGCGAAGAUACUGGAGGUGGCCGUGUCUCGGUUCCAGCCCAGCAGCGGCACAGAACACCUGCCCCACUUCAUCACGGGAACAGCCCCAUUCAAAUACGCAGAACUACUUGUCUGCCAGUCAGGCACGUUUUUGUCUCGGUAGAUGAGGAAGAUAUUCAAAGACCAUUAUAGGGCAAGGGGAAGAAGAGACUCUUGGAAUAUAGAUGUCAGUAAGAAGUUUCAGUCCAGCUUUAAUGGGUAUUAAUUCAGAUCCAGAGUUUUUGCUGACCAAGCUCAACAGCCAAUAACAAACACUUAAUACCAACAGACUGAUUUUUUUGUUUAGGUUUGGUUUUUUGUUAUUUAAUGUCUUGUGAAAUUUGAUCUUAAAGGAAUACAGUGAAACAGGCAAUAAUUUUCUUUUGAAGAAUUCCAUGGUUUAGAAUAUUUCAAAUAGUAUUUGAUCCCUCUGCAAUCCUUGCACAUUACUGCUUGCUUGUGCUUGGGGACACAAAGAUGCAGAAUCGAGAUGGCAACAGUCACUGAUGCAAACAACAGCUUUAUACUGGAGUUAUUUAUAGUUGGUAAUACAGGGAUUUUUGUAUAACUUGCUGCAUCAUUUUUGAGAUGGAUUUGAUCUGAAAAUUCAGAUAUAGCGUACAAAUGUUUCUUGUUUAAAUUCUGUUAGCUGGAAACUUUGUGCAUGUACUUUGUGUAUGUGGAAUUUCCGAUUUACUUUAGGUAGGUCGGUGUGGUGAGAUGCUCUUCAUAGCAUCAUGGCACACACAGUGAAUAUUUGGAGAGGUUGUAUGGGAAUGUUUUGAUUUUUAAAACUGUAAAUAAACAUGUAAGUUAAGUCUUCUCCUA